GUUUCUUAAAAUGCAAUAAUCAUCUGCAAAAUUGCCCACUUCUUUUUCACUUAAAAUUUUUUUUUGCUUUCUAGUUUUCCAAUCUUCUGUUUUCUUUGUUCCAAAUUUAUGUGCUUAUGUACAUAGAAACGACGGGUCUUCUUCCCUUUUUUCAUCAGGUAUCUUGGUUCUUUUUAAUGAUUAUUUCGAUUUUUUUUUCUUUUCCAUUUCCUGUUUUCUUUUGUCUGGUGAGUUCUAAUCUCACCUACUGUUUAGGGUGACUGUUGCAUUGAUUUAAUAAAUGAUUAUUUUUAAGCUUUGUUUGGUUAUCGAGAAGUCUGAAUGAAAGAAGAGAAGAAAUGUUACAAUUUGAGUUGAAUCUUCUACUAGGUGCAGUUGAAUGAAAGCUUUCAUUUUGGGUCUUUAUUUUUUUAAUUAAUUAUUUUUAUUUUUUUCCCACUUUCUCUUUUUCCUUUUGGGUCCCAAAUGAUGAAAAAACAAAGAUUCAAAAUUUUAAUUUCUUUCAUUUUCCCGCAUUUUCUCAAAAAGCAAACCCUAAAAUAGAGCCUGGUAAGGUAAAUUAGGAAUAAGAGUGACAAGUUCAGAUUUAGUUUCCUUUUAGGGUUUUGCUGGUGGCAGAAGAUAAAAGUGUAGUUUAACUCAUGUCUGUUUUUCUCUCUGUUGGUGUCUUGGUUUUACAUAGAAUCAAUAUGCAACAUUGUUGGGGUUUUUUGACUAUGCAACAAAGUGUGUUGCAACAUAAUCUUUCGGAUUUUUUUUUUUUUUUUUUUUGAUCAAACAUUUCUGUUUUCGGGAGAUAUGUAUUUUUAAAUUUUGUUUUCUUGUUGUAAAUAUUUUUAUCAGUGAGGUAGGUUAGGAUGGUAGCAGACAUAUGGGGUUGAGUUACUAAAGGAACAUAUUGUGUUCAUUUUCUGUCAAAGAAGAGGCAAACAGAAACUUACCUAUGGCUAACUAUGGGAAGCUGGACAUCCUUUAAUUGAAUUCAUCAUGUCAAGGCAAGCUAACCUUCCACCAAGAUGCCCAUUUCAAAAGAAACCCAUUACUCGCCCAAUCCAUGAUCCCAUCUUUCCAAACCUCGGCAACGAUAAUGAAUUGUAUCCCCGACACCAUAAGUCUUCCUCCCAAAGCUCAAUUUCAGAGGAGCAACCUGCAUGGUUUGAUGACUUGUUGAAUGACCCAGAUUCAAAUUUGAGAGGGACAUGCCAUCGGAGAUCGGCUAGUGAUUCAGUGGCUCUUUUGGAUGGAGUUGUGGACCAUUUUCCAAGUUUAAAACCCCUUAAAGAUGAUAAAAAUUCGGUUUGUGAUAGAAUUGGUAGUGGGUUGGAGUCGGCUUGCAUGUAUGGUCCCAAUUCCCCUCGACAGAGAGGCAACCAAUCCUUUUCGGAGAAUGCCAUAGCUUCAGCUUUGUCAGAAUAUGUAUCCAAAAGCCCUCUGGAGGACUUAGAUGGGAGUUUUUGCAUUUCUGGGAUUAAUCAAUUUGAUUUGAAGGAAAAUGCUUGUGGUGCAGAUGGGGAGCUCAAUGCUGAGACAAAGGCAGUAAAAAGGCAUUCUGGGCAGCGCUCAAGGGUUCGUAAACUCCAGUAUAUUGCUGAAUUGGAAAGAACAGUCGAUGUUUAUCAGACUUUGGAAUCAGAGUUGGCGAUCAGAGUUGCUUCUCUGCUUCAGCUUCGUGUUGCAUUGUCUAUGGAAAACAGCAAACUAAAACAACAGUUGGCUAAACUGCAGCAGCAAAAGUUGAUCAUGGAUGGGCAGCAUAAGUCACUGAGGAAGGAAGUUGAAAGGAUGAAAGGUGGUUUAGCAGAUUCCAUAAAUAGCCAGAUUCGAACGUAUACUGGGUCCAAUACUGGUGCUGAGGCAGUUAGAUCGGAAGUUUCCUGGCUGAAGUUAGACAUAGGAAAACUUAAUCUUGAUUGAGAAAAUCUGUAAUCCCGAGCCAUGGUUUAGUUGAUUUGACUCUUUUUUGGGAGGAAAAACAGAAACACAAGAGGAAAAAGGAAGGAAUCGGGUGAAAGCUGCAGCAUGGCCCGGGUUUUUUAGCCCCUACUCUUGUAAAUGUCUAGUAGUAUGAUGUUGUUGGAGCUACUGUUUAGUCCCUAUUCUUAUUUUUAUAUUGAUACGGUGGAAGAAGUAUCCCCUCUAAAGGGACAUUCUCCCUUGAAAAUUCUCAAUUAAUCCAGAUUUGCCUUUUCAAAAGGGAGAAUCAAGGGGAAAAAGUACCCUUCAGAAA